CUUAACGACAAACGAGAUGGUAAUCCGGCAGCACUGGACAGGGAGGAAGUCGGAGGUGGACGAUAGCCAUGGUUGCUAUGAGCGUUCAAAGAAUAACUGGACAGCCGUAGCACUCCAGUCUUUCUCCCGAGCGAGGCAGCUUACACGAUACUGGAUUGUCGACACCACCACUCCGCCACAUCGAGUAACCACAGGAGAGGAGACUACGACUGGGAGAGAGGCAGAGUUAUGAUCUGCCUUACCGGAUACAGAGUGGGAGCUGCAGCUUCGCAAGUACGAGGCGAAGGCUACAGCAAAGGCAGAAGAGCGGCAACGUAUGAUCGGUGAGGAGACGGGGGUCGAUUUUGAGUCUGUGCAUCUAGCAGGGUUGGACAUGGCUGAGCUUCGAAGGGCCGCUCAGCCAGGUCUGACUCCAAGGGAACUGGCCAGGCUAGGAUGGGCAGCAAAGAGAGGCCGAGAAGAGGAGGAGGCGAUGUUUGUGCGACUGGGCCAGAGCUUCGACCGGACGAUUUCUCGAUGCGAGCAGCGGAUCGGGCAGGUCCCCGUCGAGACGCUCUGCUGGUUGGCGAGCCGGGAUCCAGGACGUCCAGCUCCACAACCGUUCGAGCUAAAGCAGGAGGCUCGGACAAGAGAGAGGUAUCGCGCGUACUGGAGACAGUAUCUCUGCUACUGUGUCCGAGCGUAUCGUCUUGGCCGGUCAGAAGCGAGGACGAAGCGCCAUAUUCGACUAAGCGAUGCGCAGUGGCUAGCUCUUGUGAAUCUAGUCGACGCGCUUAGCAGCAGCGCAAGUAACAGAGGGGGAGGGCUUGUAGUUCCCGGGAACAUGGAGCGGGAUGAGGACUUAGAUGCACGGGUCUUCACAUUUUGCAUCUCGUCACUCAAACAACAGGUCAUAGUGGACCAAUUCAAGAACCCGCUUCUGCACUUUACUGCCGUGUUGGCUAUUGACCCCGCACGGGCAAAAUGGAGGGCUCCCGGCGAGUUCACGGGAACACUAGCCGGGCUGGCGUGGUGUAGUCGCGUGCUACUACUUGAUGGUGGGUCGUUGGCUUGACAUUCCAUCCUCAGGCACCACAUCCUCGCCAUGCGGUCCGCAUCGGACUCGGGGACAUUGAGCCGGAAUGGAAAAUGAAGUCUUAUUGGUCAAACUUUUGAUC